AUGUCCAGUGUCCAAUUCUUAAGACUCCGUUCUUCCAAGGGUUUGCUGCAUUGGGAUUAUUUUCCGAUGACAUGUCCCUCUAGUCCCAUAGAAAGUCUGAGCUUACUGGAUUGGGAUGAUUUUUACGAGACAUGUCCCUUUAGUGUCAUAGGAAGUCUGAGCUUACUGCAUUCGGAUGAUUUUCCGAAGACAUGUCUGCCUCCAAAACUUAGAUUACUGCAUUGGGAAUAUUUUCCGAAGACAUGUCUGCCUUGUAAUUUUAAUCCGGAGUUCCUCGUAGAACUAAAGAUGCCUAGCAGCAAACUUGAGAAAUUGUGGGAAGGAAUUAAAGGAUGCUCAAGUCUUGUGGAGCUCCCCUCUUCUAUUGGGAAUAUAACUAAUCUCACGCUCGAGGGAUGCUCAAGUCUUGUGGAGCUCCCCUCUUCUAUUGGGGAUAUGGCUAGUCUCACGCGCGAGGGAUGCUCAAGUCAUCUGGAGCUCUCCUCUUCUAUUGAGGAUAUGGCUAGUCUCACGCUGGAGGGAUGCUCAAGUCUUGUGGAGCUCCCCUCUUCUAUUGGGAAUAUGGCUAGUCUCACGUGGUUGUCUCUCAAGGGAUGCUCAAAAAACUGUGAAUCCCUCGAGAGACUAGACUGCUCUUUUAGCAGUAAAGAGUUUCGUAGACUCAAGUUUGUUAACUGUUUCAAACUGAAUCAAGAAGCAAGGGACCUUAUCAUCAAGACAUCGACUACAGAGUCUGCAGCUUUUCCCGGAGAAACAGUGCCUACAUACUUCACUUACCGAGCCAGCGGGAGUUCCCUGUCAAUGAAAUUGAAUGGAUCUGAUACGUUUUGUCCUACAUCGUUGAGAUUUAAAGCUUGUGUCUUGCUGGAUCCGAAGGGUGACGUUGAGGAUGAUGAUAUGGCGUAUGUUAUAUAUUGUAAGAUCGAGGAGAAACUGAAUGGUGGCAUUGUCGUCUCUAAUAUACCUGCUCGGAUUCUGAUCAAAAACUCUCCACCUUCAAAGGAGCAUCUGUACGUAUUCGAAUUUGAAAAAACUGUGAGUUCCACUGAAUUAGUCUUUGAGUUCGAAGUCAGCAAUCCAGAAUGUGAGAUUAAAGAAUGCGGGAUACGUACUCCAGAGACCUAUGCUCCUUCGUGUUGA